CUCGUCGGUCAGGUACACGCACAGUGCAGUAGAGAGAAGAGCAAUCUUAGAGUCGUCCUGAUUGAUGAUGAUGGUGUGCAACAACUGGGGGCGACUGCAGACAGAGGGAGAAGAAGAAGGGAGAGCAGUGAGAGCGUGCGAAAGAUGAGAGGGAUAGAGAUGAGCGAGCGACAGUUAAUGAAAGGCUGAAGAGUUCAGAGAGCCGUGGGGCACUAGAGGGCGAAACAGGAUAAUGACAAUGGCAGCUUUGCAUAAUACUACAGAGUCUCAGUGCCGCGUCGUCUUUAUAACUUAAUCCCCCUCCCCUCUCUGCUUCCCUGCUUCCCUGCUUCCCCUGCUUGCCUGCCCUGCCCUGGCUUUGCUGAAUGAUUGAGGCCACGCCCUGUCAGUGCAGACUGCACCCACUUGAGGGACCCGGUCACACAUACUGCAGUUGCGAGAAAAUUACUUGCCGGGCAUCUCAAGGCUCACACCAGACGCCAACCCAGCUCGAGGAGCUCCACUUACUCUCGAGCCUCGAGCUGUGGAGGUUUCUCUUCUCAGUCGAGUGCGUCGUCCCAUCCUCUCGCUGCACUUUGCACACCGUCUCAGAUGAGCAGUAGACUUGUGUCGGACUCUGUCUAUCGAUAGCUUCGACAAGGACUGUUUUGCAGUCCAUGGGAUGAGCAGCUUCGGCGGGUAAGGAGAGUGAGCUGAAGGACGUGGAAUGAUUUUGCGGGUAGGGCUGUGGAGAGGACUGCUAGUGUGAAGAAGAAGCUGCGGGCGGUGGUUUGCACACCGAGCUGGAGGUUUUAUCGAGCAGGACGUGGUUUGAGCCGGCGGAGGCGGUGUUCAUUGAUUACGAGGUGGGGGAGAUGAGGAGCUUAGGAGAGUGAAGGCGGUAAGCUUGUGAAGGAGAGUAGCUAGCGACGUGUAUGGCGAUUACGAGGAGCCUGCAUCAACGACUUCGGAGCUGCCUGUGCAGUGGGCAGCUUGGGAAUUAGCUUGCGCUGGUGUGAGGCCAGUGGAGCGAGCGGAGUGGCGUUGCAGCAAUGGAGGCUAAUGCGGGCCUGGUUGCUGGAUCCCACAACCGGAAUGAGCUUGUGGUCAUCCCUGCGGAGGGAAUCCAUGGGCCUAGGCCAGAGAACCAAAUGAAUGAGUUGGUGUGCCAAAUCUGUGGUGAUGCGGUUGGGCUCAACCAAGACAACGAAUUGUUUGUGGCUUGCAAUGAAUGUGCGUUUCCAGUAUGCCGCACGUGCUAUGAAUACGAGCGCAAGGAAGGCAAUGGAGUGUGUCCUCACUGCAAGACCCGCUACAAAAGGCUAAAAGGGAGCCUCCGUGUGCCGGGAGACGACGACGAAGAAGACGAUUUGGACGACUUGGAAAACGAAUUUCAGAUGGACAAGCAGGACCAGCAGCCAUCACCGGACGCAAUGCUCCACGGGCGCAUGAGUUAUGGCAGCAUGUAUGAGCAGGAAAUGGCGACGCACCGCAUGAUGCAUCAGCAGCCCCGCUUCCCCCUGAUCACCGACGGUCAGGUCGGAGAUUCCGAGGAAGAUGAGAAUCACGCUCUCGUGGUGCCGUCGAACGGCAACAAGCGGGUGCAUCCCAUCAAUUACAUGGACCCCAAUCUUCCUGUACAAGCGAGGCCGAUGGACCCAACCAAGGACUUGGCUGCUUACGGCUAUGGCAGCGUCGCGUGGAAGGACAAAGUGGAGAACUGGAAGCAACGGCAAGAGAAAAUGCAAAUGAUGAUGAGCGAAGGUGGGGUGCUGCACCCAAGCGAUAUGGACCUAAAUGACCCAGACCUUCCAAUAAUGGAUGAAUCAAGACAACCACUCUCCAGGAAAAUUCCCCUAGCGUCUAGCAAAAUAAAUCCUUACCGGAUGGUGAUUGUCAUCCGUUUGGUGGUGUUGGCAUUCUUUUUACGCUACCGGAUUCUUCACCCUGUCGAGGGCGCGUUCGGCCUGUGGAUCACAUCCGUGGUGUGCGAGAUCUGGUUCGCUGUCUCCUGGAUUCUGGAUCAGUUUCCCAAAUGGCUCCCGAUUCAGCGUGAGACGUAUCUGGACAGGCUUUCUCUCCGCUACGAGAAGCCGGGUGAGCCAUCGCAGCUGGCCCAUGUGGAUGUGUACGUGAGUACCGUGGACCCGUUGAAGGAGCCGCCGAUUGUCACAGCCAACACCAUCCUGUCCAUUCUAGCGGUGGAUUACCCCGUGGACAAAGUUUCCUGCUAUCUCUCUGACGAUGGAGCUGCCAUGCUCACCUUCGAGGCGCUCUCAGAGACUUCCGAAUUCGCUCGCAAAUGGGUUCCGUUCUGCAAGAAGUUUCUAAUUGAGCCGAGGGCACCAGAGAUGUACUUCGCUCAGAAGAUUGACUAUCUCAAGGAUAAAGUGCAGGCCACGUUCGUGAAGGAGCGGCGGGCCAUGAAGCGAGAGUAUGAGGAGUUCAAGGUACGCGUGAAUGCGCUGGUGGCGAAAGCAAUGAAGGUGCCGGAGGAUGGAUGGACAAUGCAAGACGGUACUCCGUGGCCAGGGAACAACAGGAGCGACCACCCAGGGAUGAUUCAAGUGUUUCUGGGCCAUAGCGGAGGUCUGGACACAGACGGCAACGAGCUUCCCCGCCUUGUCUACGUCUCGAGGGAGAAGCGCCCGGGGUUCAAUCACCACAAGAAAGCCGGUGCCAUGAAUGCCCUGGUGCGCGUCUCGGCGGUACUCACUAACGCGCCAUACAUGCUCAAUCUCGAUUGCGAUCACUACAUCAACAACAGCAAGGCCAUCCGCGAAGCCAUGUGCUUCAUGAUGGAUCCCACUGUCGGUCCCAAAGUUUGCUACGUCCAGUUCCCCCAGCGGUUUGACGGCAUCGACCGGAACGAUCGAUAUGCGAACCACAACACGGUCUUCUUCGAUAUUAAUAUGAAAGGCUUGGACGGGAUUCAAGGGCCGGUGUACGUAGGCACGGGGUGCGUGUUCAGGAGGCAAGCAUUGUAUGGAUAUGAGCCGCCGUCGAACAAGAAGAAAGGCGGGCAAGGGUGCUGCACCGGCUUGUGCCCAUCAUUUUGCUGCAGUGGACGACGCAAGAAGGGUAAGAAGAGCAAGAAGCCAUGGAAGUACUCGAAGAAGAAGGCACCCUCGGGGGCUGAUUCUAGCAUUCCCAUCUUCCGGCUGGAGGACGUCGAGGAGGGUAUGGACGGCGGCAUGCCGGAUCACGACCAGGAGAAGUCGUCCUCGAUUCUGUCCACCAAAGACAUCGAGAAGCGGUUCGGGCAGUCGCCGGUGUUCAUCGCCUCCACGAUGUCUGACAACGGCGGUGUUCGUCAUUCCGCGAGCGCGGGCUCACUCCUCAAGGAAGCCAUUCACGUCAUCAGUUGUGGCUACGAAGACAAGACUGAGUGGGGAAAAGAGAUUGGGUGGAUAUACGGGUCGGUGACGGAGGACAUUCUUACAGGAUUCAGGAUGCAUUGUCGGGGGUGGCGUUCAAUAUACUGCAUGCCCCACCGGGCAGCUUUCAAGGGCUCGGCGCCAAUUAACUUGUCAGAUCGAUUGAACCAAGUGCUUCGGUGGGCUCUUGGGUCGGUGGAAAUCUCUCUCAGCAGGCAUUGCCCGCUGUGGUUUGGCUACGGUCGACUCAAAUGCUUGGAGAGAUUGGCGUAUAUCAACACCACUAUUUAUCCCUUGACUUCGUUGCCUCUCGUCGCCUAUUGCACACUCCCUGCCGUGUGUUUGCUCACCGGGAACUUCAUCAUUCCAACAAUAAGCAACCUCGACAGUUUGUGGUUCAUUUCUCUCUUCAUGUCCAUCUUCAUAACGGGUAUUCUGGAAAUGCGGUGGUCGGGCGUCGGCAUCGACGAGUGGUGGAGGAACGAACAGUUUUGGGUGAUUGGAGGCGUCUCCGCGCAUUUGUUUGCCCUCUUUCAAGGUCUGUUGAAAGUGUUUGCCGGAAUCGAUACGAACUUCACAGUCACGUCGAAGACGGGAGAGGAUGAGGACUUCGGGGAGCUGUAUGCGUUGAAGUGGACAUCCCUCCUGAUCCCUCCCACUACCUUGUUGAUCUUCAACAUGGUGGGCGUGGUCGCGGGCAUUUCAGAUGCUAUCAACAACGGCUACUCGGCGUGGGGCCCUCUGUUCGGCAAGCUCUUCUUCGCUUUCUGGGUGAUCGUGCACUUGUACCCCUUCCUCAAGGGUUUGAUGGGCCGCCAGAACCGAACGCCAACCAUCGUCAUUGUGUGGUCCAUUCUGCUGGCUUCCAUCUUCUCGCUUCUGUGGGUCAGAAUCGAUCCGUUCUUGCCCAAAGUCACUGGCCCCAACUUGGUGCGGUGCGGCCUCACCUGCUUGUGAUCAUCCUCACACCGUCUUCCCUCCCAAUAACAUUCAGAUUCUUUGAUCCAGCGUCGCCGAAUUAAAGCGAUCGUCGUGGGCGUGGCAAGCGGAUUACCCAAUCUCUAAUACAGUUCCAUGGAGCGAUAAUUGAACGAACGGACGAACGAAGCAAACGAUUUGUAGAGAAUAAGAAGGUUUGCUUCCGUGCCUGAGAUCGAAACAGAUUAGGGGAGAGGAAGAGAUAGAGAGCAAAGAGUUCCUUUGUAUUAGUAGAUGAUACUCAUAGAAUACGAAUCAUACUAAUGUCACAAUGGCAGUCAGGGCACAUUUUUUCAGCCUAAGCUGUAGUUCAAAUUGCAUGUAGAGAGGUAUAUGAAUGACUGCGACGAAGUGAUAGUCUGGACAAAUGUGCCCAUCGCCGCGACACAAUCGAUUAAUGCAGCAACCCUUACUUGAGCUGCUCAGCUCGGAGUGAAGGGCCGCGGCGAUUGGCAUCUUGACGCGAGCAAACGUGUAGACGUGAAAUACGAGGCUUACUUACUGAGAUCUCAAUUUGUGACCCACACAAUCAAUUGUCGGAUUCCUACAACCCUCAACUGAAUUCUUAUACCGUAUUACCCAA